GAAGCGGAAAGCCUUGACCUCGGUGCUGGAGACCUUAUCACCCAGCGCCCAGGAGGACGAUCUGCGACUGCGCGAGGCCCUCACCAGCGACCGGCAGGGUUUCCUGCGCCCGCGCGGCGGCGUGGCCGCGGUGCCGCGCUCCGUGCUGCUCUCGAAG